GCCCAAUUAUAGGAAUUUAACUCUAUUAAAACUGUUCCAGAGAAUUCCUUUUCAAUGAUUCUCACAUUUGAGUGUUCCAUGGAUGCAUAGUUGACAAUAUAGUUAUGGAAUAAUAAUGGUGUUCUGUAUUAUUGUGCUCAAUAUCGAAAUGGUAUUGUCCUAGCUAGACUAAGUAGACUGGUCUACUCAGAUUGUUUUGACCUUGUUUGCAUCAUCUUACUGAGAAGAUCUUUACCACACAUUGCUUGCAUGCCAUGGCUGAAGCCAGCUCUUUCCUGACCCUCACCUGGGACCUUCAUGACCUCAUCUUCUCCUAUCUCACUCCUCAGGACCUGUGCAGAUUAGGGGGAGUGUGUCAAUAUUGGAGGAGCUCAGUCACACAGUGCAAUCAGUUGUGGAAGCGUCACUGUAGGAAGGUGUGGUUUCAACACGAACUGCCCUCUGAUUGUGACAGUUGGUACCAGUCAUGGCUGAGAAUGGCGAGGGAGUACGGUCGCUAUAUAAACUGCUACGCUGAUGUAAAGAGGGCGUGGUGUAGGAUUGAGGAGUUUUUGUUAGCUCACAAGAUUGUUAUAAAUGUAGAACUCACUGAGAAACGUACUGAGGAUGAAAUAACAAAGGCAGAGCAGGAGUUGGGACUGACGUUCCCUGAUGACCUGAGGCUAUCCAUGCGUUUCCAUGACGGCCUCUCCUCUUUCCUGGGUGUGCUGGAGUUCUACUAUUUCCAAUCCAUUCUCACGCUGCACUCGCUAAGUGACCUGGUUGAGUUACAUCGGUCUGCGACGGAGGAGUCCUUCUAUUGCCCCUCCCACGGGAACACUCAGUAUCUGCAGAUUGUGUCCGGGUGGCCAAACAAGAACACAGCUGCUGGGUUGUUACUAGCCCUCCAUGAGUGUAAGGAAACGCCCCCUGGUCAUGUGAUCUGGAUGUCCACUGUCGGUUGGACGGAGGAGCCGCUCUUCAACGACCAAACAAUAAACCACAGUGGAGUGCUCAAAAACUGCUCAGUGGGACUCAUCGGAAAAUCCAUGCUGUUCAAAGAUUGGCUGCUUGACUGUGCACAAAAGCUGCCCUGCUAUCCCAUAAUGCCUGACAAGAGACAAGCGUUCAUCAUGAGGUUCUAUCGUGAUCCCAGCGAAGUUGCUACCACAGGACACUUUACCAUCCGAGUGGGUACCGCCCUGGAUCCAUCCAUGGGUACCAUGUACCAAACCAAUACCUCAGAUUCCAUUCCCAUUCUGCCCCUACCCAUUAUCCCGUUACUGACCACUGGAGGGAGCUACGCCUACUGGAUAGAGAUCAAGAUGCAUGACGACGCUCCCAAAGACGAGAGGUGUCAGCUUGUGAGCCGUCGCUGGGUUAUCCGCUACGCUAGUGGGGAGGUGGAGUCUGUGGAUGGGCCGGGGGUAAUUGGAGAGACCCCUGUGUUUACCCCCGGGCACAUACACCAGUAUGCCAGCUGUACACGAUUCAUAAAUGAGGACUACUGCACCAUGGAGGGUCACUACACCAUGCGCUACUUGAAUAAAGAUGGAAUGUUUGACGUUCAAGUACCCCGAUUUCACAUGCCCAAGCCGGACAUCAAGUGGCUCUAAAUGUAGCUCCUCUAUACACUGGACACACUCUCUACCUUCUGCAAGUAAUUAGUGCUACAUGUAUAGUUGCACUCCAAUGCCACUGUACGUAUUUUCAUGGAGACUAAUGCUCUGCUAUUUUCAUAAUCAAUUUUGUGUGUACUCAUGCCAUGUACCUAUAAAUUCCAGCUUUCUCUUCGAAA